GCAGUUCAUGGAUCACAGAUAAUACAAAGUACACGAAUAUGAUCCCCACUCCUAAUCGGUUUUUUAAUACCAUCAGUCACAAACCCUCUAUCAGUACGCACGAAACAAUGGCCGAUACGGUACUGGAAGAAUGGCGCGAAUUAAGUGAAGACUUUAAAAAGCUGGAAGCAGUGAACAAAAUCUAUCAAGAAAAGAUCGAUGAAGUGAAUAAGUACCAGAAAGAAUGUGAGAAGCAGCUCCAGCAUCAAAAGUACCGAAUCGCCAUUAUCACGAAGAACAUCCAGAAAAGUGGAACGAAGUACGAAGAACUCAAAGAGGAGAUUCUCAAACGUGAGGCACAACUACACGAGAUCAAGCAAACGUUGCCGCAGGAUAGCGGGAGGUAUUUGAAGGUCAUUCUGGGGAAUGUCAACGUUUCCAUUUUAAACAAAGAAGAAAAACUGAAGUACAAAGGCGACUAUGAAAAGUUUAAGUUGAUUAUAAGUGUAGUGGCGUUCGUGCUUGCUAUCGUGAAUCUGAUGUUUAUCAGUAGGAGAGUUGAGCGUUUGUACCUCUUUAUCUUGGUAUGGUAUUACUUUACCUUGACGAUAAGAGAAACCAUACUUCGAGUAAACGGAUCCAGAAUUAAGGGAUGGUGGAGGACUCAUCACUUUGUCUCCACAGCGGCAGCAGCAGUUUUAUUGAUUUGGCCAGAAAGUGAAACUUGGAAUCAGUUCAGAGUUGUCUUCAUGGCGUUUAACGCAUAUUUGAGUUUUGUUCAGUUCCUGCAGUUCAGAUACCAAAGGGGAGUUUUAUACCGACUUAAAGCCCUAGGGGAACGUGAUAAUAUGGAUAUUACGGUUGAAGGUUUCCACAGAUGGAUGUGGCAGGGACUUAGUUUCUUGUUUCCGUUUUUGUUUAUAGUGUACUUUGUCCAGUUUUACCUAGCUUGUACAUUGUACAGUUUAAGUACGAUGACGGGUGCAACUUGGCACGUUCCAACUUUAUCACUAUUGUUUUUCAUAUUAUCAGCUGGAAACAUAACGACCAUGAUAAUGAUUGUUCCUGAUAAGUUUAAAAGAAACGUGAAACUCAAGUACCGGUUGCUGAGCCAACGAUUGUGGAAUUCUACUGACAAUAGUACAAAACAAAAUUAAAUACAAUAAAACAGUUAAACAAA